CGAGGAGCCGCCGCACCAGCGGGCUGAUGAGCCAGCAGCAGCAGCAGCAGCCGCACAAGCAGCACACACGCACGCACCCACGCCGCGGCAUCAUGACGCCGGAGCACAGCGCGGAGCCUCGCCCGGAGCAGGCCGAGUGAAGCGGCAGGAUGGCGGGGGGCCGCCGGGGACUUGUGGCCCCUCAGAAUACUUUUUUGGAAAAUAUUGUCCGACGCUCCAACGUUUGGACACUGUCACAUAGACAGACAGACACCAACUUUGUGCUGGGAAACGCGCAGAUCGUGGACUGGCCCAUCGUCUACAGCAACGACGGCUUCUGCAAACUGUCGGGUUACCACAGGGCAGAGGUCAUGCAGAAGAGCAGCACCUGCAGCUUCAUGUACGGCGAGCUCACCGACAAAGACACAACGGAAAAAGUGCGUCUGACGUUCGAGAACUACGAGAUGAACUCAUUUGAAAUCCUCAUGUACAAGAAGAACAGACGCCCUGUGUGGUUCUUUGUGAAGAUCGCGCCCAUUCGAAACGAGCAGGAGAAGGUGGUUCUGUUCCUGUGCACCUUCAGCGACAUCACGGCCUUCAAGCAGCCCAUCGAGGACGACUCGUCCAAAGGCUGGGGUAAAUUCGCCCGGCUGACCCGAGCUCUGACCAGCAGCCGAGGCGUCCUGCAGCAGCUCCAGCCCACCGUCCACAAAGGCGAGAACGUACACAAGCACUCACGUUUGGCUGAGGUGUUGCAGCUGGGCUCCGACAUCCUGCCCCAGUACAAGCAGGAGACCCCCAAAACGCCCCCGCACAUCAUCCUGCACUACUGCCUCUUUAAGACCACGUGGGACUGGGUCAUCCUCAUCCUCACGUUCUACACAGCCAUCAUGGUGCCCUACAAUGUGUCCUUCAAGACCAAGCAUAACAACGUGACGUGGCUGGUGGUGGACAGCAUCGUGGACGUUAUCUUCCUGGUGGACAUUGUGCUCAACUUCCACACCACCUUCGUAGGACCGGCCGGCGAGGUCAUCUCGGAUCCCAAACUUAUCCGCAUGAACUACCUGAAGACCUGGUUUGUCAUUGACCUGCUCUCCUGCCUGCCCUACGAUGUCAUCAACGCCUUUGAGAACGUCGACGAGAAUUGGAACCGGCGAGCUGUCACUCAAGGCAUCAGCAGCCUGUUCAGCUCCCUGAAGGUGGUCCGGCUCCUGCGUCUGGGUCGGGUGGCUCGCAAACUGGACCACUACAUCGAGUACGGUGCCGCCGUGCUGGUCCUGCUGGUGUGCGUGUUCGGCCUGGCCGCUCACUGGCUGGCCUGCAUUUGGUACAGCAUCGGCGACUACGAGGUGAUCGACGAGGUGACCAACAUCGUGCGCACGGACAGCUGGCUGUACAUCCUGGCCGAGACCGUGGGCCCGCCCUACCGCUUCAACGCCAGCGGCUUGGGCAAGUGGGAGGGCGGCCCCAACAAGGACUCGGUCUACAUCACCUCGCUCUACUUCACCAUGACCAGCCUGACCAGCAUCGGCUUCGGCAACAUCGCGCCCACUACCGACGGAGAGAAGAUCUUCGCCGUGGCCAUGAUGAUGAUCGGAUCUCUGCUGUACGCCACCAUCUUCGGUAACGUGACCACCAUCUUCCAGCAGAUGUACGCCAACACCAACCGCUACCACGAGAUGCUCAACAGCGUGCGGGACUUCCUCAAACUCUACCAGGUGCCCAAGGGCCUGAGCGAACGGGUCAUGGACUACAUCGCGUCCACCUGGUCCAUGUCGCGGGGCAUCGACACCGAAAAGGUGCUACAGAUUUGUCCGAAGGACAUGCGGGCGGACAUUUGCGUCCAUCUGAACCGGAAGGUGUUCAAAGAGCACCCGGCCUUCAGACUGGCAAGCGACGGCUGUCUGCGGGCGCUGGCCAUGGAGUUCCAGACCAUCCACUGCGCGCCCGGCGACCUCAUCUACCACGCCGGCGAGAGCGUGGACAGCCUCUGCUUCGUGGUGUCCGGCUCGCUGGAAGUCAUCCAGGAUGACGAGGUUGUGGCCAUCCUGGGCAAGGGGGACGUCUUCGGGGACGUAUUCUGGAAGGAGGUGACGCUGGCUCAGGCCUGCGCCAACGUCCGCGCUCUGACGUACUGCGACCUCCAUGUGAUCAAGCGCGACGCCCUGCAGAAGGUGCUCGAGUUCUACACGGCCUUCUCCAAUCACUUCUCCCGCAAUCUGCUGCUCACUUACAACCUGCGCAAGAGGAUGGUCUUCCGAAAAAUCAGCGACGUGAAACGAGAGGAAGAGGAGCGGCAGAGGCGGAAAAACGAGGCUCCUCUGAACUUGCCGCCCGACCACCCGGUGCGUAAACUUUUCCAGCGCUUCCGGCAGCAGCGGGAGGCUCGCACGCCCACCGACAAGCCAAGCGAAGAGAACGACGUCGAGAAGGGAUCGGUGUACGUGGAGGUCCCCAAGACGGCCAUCGUCACCACCACCAGCAUCGUGACGGUGACAGAAAGCCCGGCGACGCCUUCGUCGUCCACGCCCGUGUCGUCAACCACGCCCCCCGGCCGUACCCCUUCGGACAAGGUGAAGCUACAGGUGCCACCUCCCGCCUCCUUGGUGGGAGGUCGGGCCGCCGAGCCGGGAAAAGUCAAAGGCUGGGGACGCUUCAAGGAGUCCAUGGCGAAGCCCGACAACUGGAAAACGGUGUCCAAAGCGGAAUCCAUGGAGACGCUGCCAGAGCGGACCAAGGGCCACGAGUCGCAAAUGUCCCUGAAGAAGACGGACUCGUGUGACAGCGGCAUCACCAAAAGCGACCUGCGCCUCGACAAAGUCAGCGACUUCCGCUUGACGCCGCAGGACCGCAGUCCCGUGCAGCCGCCUGAAACCCGACGCUCCUUCUACCCCAUCCCCGAGCAGAGCCUCCAGGCCUCGCUUCAAGAACUCAAGCUGGAGCUCAAAGACGACCUGAAGAGCCUCAGCGUCCGAAUGUCGGGCCUGGAGGCGCAGCUCGCCGAAGCGCUGCAGCUCCUUAAAGCCAGGACGCCCCCCGCUAGCUCCCCGCGAGGUCUCUUUGACAUUUCCAGGCCCGCCUCGCCAGAAGCCGACAAGGAGGACAUCUUCUCUUGAGCGUUGGAGGGACAUUUUACUGUCAACUCAGCCGUAAUCUGGUAAUGGCUACAUUAUACGGGGAUAGCUGAGGCUGCACUGGUGUCUGCGUGUGUGUGUGGGCGUGGGGGGAGGUCGCCUUUUAGAUUAGGCAUCCGGGCGUAGUCUUUGUAAGACACGCAGGCCUCCGUUGCGGGAACGCUAACGCCACGCCCCAGACGCCAAGGUGGAACCUGGCGCGGGUUAACCUGAACAGCCUUUUAUCUGUAGAUAGCAAGCACUGCGCUCGAAACACUUGAGAGCUUCGACGUGAAACAGCAUGACCCAGCGUUGUAUGCUGUACGAUUCCUUGCAUGUCGCAUCAAGUAUAGAUCUGUUCACCAUGACGUCACAUGGACUACCAGGUGGCAAAAGCUCAAGUAUUCUCAUGGUAAACAAACCAUUUGACCAAGGCAGAGUGACUGAGGAAACAGGGUAAAUGGGCUGAAUGACAAUUUUAGCGUUCGUCGCUACCACCAUAGUUUGAAUGUGUGAUGUGUCAGUCAAAAGGGACCGUGUUACGUGAGGUAAAUUGUUUGGAAUUUACAUUUCAACCGCUAAGUCGAUUCAAAAACAGAUGUGGUGGACAUUCAGACGUAGUUAACAUGAUCAUUGAGGGAGUGGCUAAUUCAUUGACUAGCAGGCUAGCCAUUGUUUUGCCGAAUGACUCGAAGAAGAACAACCCAACCAAUCAUUGACCCCUAUCAUUGAGGCCGUCUUGCGAUCUUCUCUGUCAAGCUAUCUAUGACAUCCACUUGAUUUAUCCUCCUCAACCACAGGUUCUGCUCGAUUAAUUUUCGAUUAAAAAAAAAUAAUUUUUUAAAAAAUUUUAUUUGAUUGAUUUUUUGUUUUUUUUAAGUAAACCGAAAAAAAACCCCUCUAAGCCAUUUGGGUGUAUCUGGGGGCGCAUCGCAAACCAAUUUUGUCAUUCAGGUCAGUGGUACUCAGUCAUUUCUUUGCCACCUGCAAGAACCCUGGCACCUACUGUUUACAAACAUGAUGAAAAGGUACGAUACACGCCUGAGCGGGUUUGAUGACGCGAGUUUGUUUGCAUUAUAAGAGGACAGUGGAGAGUUACGCCCCCGCACGAGCAAGUGAUGUUCGCAUUUUAUUCCGUUGGCGUCGAGGACGGUUAUGAAUUAUACGGCGGCAGGCUUGACGGCGUCCAGCAGUUAUCGUGAUAAACAAGUUCGGGGGUGAGACGCUCAAUGACAAAUGGACUGCGGUUCUAAUAGCGCAGUGGGCGUUUAUAUUGCGUGUUGGUCAUCUCCCACUGAAACACAACACGAACCACAUACAUGCAGUACACGCCUUCACAUAGCAUGAAAACCAUUCAUAACUAGACUGAUUUAUAUAUUAUUAUACUGAUAUCAUUUCCACUAUUAAUCUUAGUGCAGGAUCCAAUUGUUCCAAGUUGGAAGGUAUUUUAGAGUCCGAUGGGGAAGGUGCAUUUUCUGCGAGGAACAUGAUAUAUUUAUAUUUUAUGCCACUGGUUUGCAUGCAGGCUGUAUUGUUUAAAAAAAAUAAAAUAAAUAAUAAUAAUCAUCAUCCUGUGGGAUAAGUUGCAUUAUUCCGGAGGGAAAUACCAAAUGUCUUCGCAAUGCAGGGGAUCUCUUUUUGGUGGAUUCUAUUGUAAGGUUGGACAGAACCAAGUCGGGUUACCAAUCAUUUCUGAUGGGAAAUCCCAAAAAUAAUAACAACAAAAUAAAAAAGCUAAAACUUAAUGUGCGGCAAAUCAUCUCGACACCACAUAUAUUUUUUAAAUUCCCCCAAAUAUUCACAACCACUGUACAUGAAAAUGCAAAUUAUUUUUAUGAGGGUUUUAUCAUUUCAAAAUAAAAAUGUCCCUGUAAUGAAUGGCAUUUUAUUCAAAC